AGGGUGGUGAAGCGUUUCCGGGUUAUGGCAGGGACGAUGCGGAGCUGGAGUCUGAUGUCUCGGCAAUUGCUCAAGACUGGACAUGCUUGCCGCAGACUUCAAGGCCUUACAGCAGUCACGCUGCGGACCUAUGCCGAUGUUGCACCAGUUGAUGCAGAUGUCACAGUGGUGGGCUCAGGGCCAGGAGGAUAUGUCGCUGCCAUUAAGGCUGCACAGUUGGGAUUUAAGACUGUCUGUGUGGAAAAGAACAAUACAUUGGGUGGGACGUGUUUGAACGUGGGAUGUAUCCCCUCCAAAGCUUUGCUGAAUAACUCCUACCUCUAUCACUUGGCCCAUGGGAAAGACUUUGCCAGCAGAGGGAUUGAAAUCACAGGAAUGAAUCUUAACCUGGAGAAGAUGAUGGAACAAAAGAAUAAUGCAGUGAGGUCAUUGACUGGUGGAAUUGCCCAUUUAUUUAAACAAAAUAAGGUGACACAUGUUCAAGGACACGGGAAGAUUACAGGAAAAAGCCAGGUUACAGCUCACUGCAAUGAUGGCAGCACACAAAUCAUCAACUCCAAGAACAUCCUUAUUGCCACAGGGUCAGAGGUUACACCUUUCCCUGGGAUUCAGAUUGAUGAAGAGACAAUUGUGUCUUCAACGGGAGCCUUAUCAUUGAAGCAAGUUCCUGAGAAGUUGGUGGUUAUUGGUGCUGGUGUCAUUGGUGUUGAAUUGGGCUCUGUGUGGCAGCGCCUUGGCUCUGAAGUGACAGCUAUUGAAUUCUUGGGACAUGUUGGAGGAAUUGGCAUUGACAUGGAGAUCGCAAAGAAUUUUCAGCGCAUUCUUCAGAAGCAGGGUCUGAAGUUUAAACUCAACACAAAAGUUACUUCAGCAACUAAGAGACCUGAUGGAAAGAUUGAUGUUUCUUUUGAAGCUGCAACUGGUGGAAAGGCAAAUGUGAUCACUUGUGAUGUGUUGCUGGUGAGCAUUGGGCGUCGCCCUUUCACUGACAAUCUGGGUCUACAGGAGAUGGGAAUUGAAGUCGACAAAAGGGGUCGAAUACCAGUCAACAGUCGCUUCCAGACAAAAAUUCCAAAUAUCUUUGCCAUUGGGGAUGUGAUAGCUGGCCCCAUGCUGGCUCACAAGGCUGAAGAUGAGGGGAUAAUCUGUGUGGAGGGAAUGGCUGGAGGAGCUGUACACAUUGACUAUAACUGUAUCCCAUCUGUUGUAUACACUCAUCCAGAGGUUGCUUGGGUUGGCAAGUCUGAAGAACAGUUGAAGGAAGAGGGUAUUCCGUACAAAAUUGGCAAGUUUCCAUUUGCUGCCAACAGCAGAGCUAAGACUAACAAUGAUACUGACGGUCUGGUAAAGAUUCUCAGCCAUAAAGAAACAGACAGAAUGCUUGGAGCACAUAUCCUUGGGUCUGGCGCUGGUGAAAUGAUCAAUGAAGCAACCCUCGCUAUGGAGUAUGGAGCAUCAUGUGAAGAUGUUGCCCGAGUUUGUCAUGCCCAUCCAACUGUUUCAGAAGCUUUCAGAGAAGCAAACAUAGCAGCGUCAUUUGGCAAAGCCAUUAACUUCUGAAAGAUUUGUGAUUUGUACAUAAACUGUAACUGGGUGUUUGAACUAUUGGUAACUUGACAUUGUGAUGAAAAAUGAAGUUAACUGUCUUUAAGCAAAAGUGUAAUAAACAAUUUGUUCGUCUAAUGAUGGCACAUCACUUGUAUUUUAACAGUAAUAAAACUGAGGGAAUGAUGUA